ACAGCGUAGUACAAUUAAAACUGUAGCUUGAUUUGAUUAUCAUUAAUUAAUAUCAAACUAAUUGUGCAUUGGUCCGAAUCUACCAAAGUUUGCAUCUACAUACUCGUGUUUUACAAUGUUUGCUUCCUACCACACACUGCAACAUCUUUAAAGGUGUUUUAACUAAUCAAUAUAAAAGUUGUAUGAUUGCUGUUCCAUGUCCCGCGGUUUAAAUACUAAUAAUACUUAUCAACACCUCCAGCUUCAUCACCACGGCGCAUCAACAGUCACAUCAUAUGGCAACAAAAAGGAAUACUUUUGCAAUGAAAUUAAUCCACAUUUUUGUGAUUUGGGGUUUAUCUAAAACUAUUGCUGGGACAUGCACGGAGUACUCUAUAACAAAGACAGUGGACUCCACCAUUCACAAGGCCUAUCUGUUCCAGCGAGAGUUCCUGGGAAGUCUAAUAGAAUGCGCCACCUAUUGUCUGAGGGGGGCUAAGUGUAAGUCCCUUGCAUACACUGCUGCAAAGGAGUGCAACAUGUUCACGAAAUCCAGGGAGGACGAUCCCAGUCUGGUCAAGGCAGAGAUAGGAACGUACUACGUCAGUAAAGCGGAUCUCCCUACGGAUAUGGCCGGGGCAUGCAGCGGGAACUCUUGUGGAAAUGAAGAUCUUUGUAUUCAGAAAGAACAGGUCUACCAUUGCAUUCCGGUAUAUGCAGGUAAACGCUGCAUCGUGCCCCCGAGCGUGGCAAAUGCCGUGCUGGACUUUGUGGACCCCGAUUCCUACCAGUGGGGCACAGGAGAGACGGUUAAUUUUAACUGUACCAGCAACCUCGCCUCAACCGGGGGACCUUCCAUAAUGACAUGCAUGGACACUGGAAAUUGGAGCUACUCUUUCACUUGUUGAUUGGGUGGGGUGUACUUCUACGAAGAUUUAAUGUUUUGUUGUCGUUUUAUGAAGUGACCUUCAUUUGUACAUUUUAUACCAUUCUCUGAAGGGCACAUCUUUAAUAUAACUGAGUGUCAUUUUGUACAGUAGUCCAUCCAUUUUGCUUCUAAAUUUAUAAGCGGGGAUAAACAAGGUAAAAUGGGAGGGGUGAAAAUGAGAACGGGGAAUAUGAAUGUUCUCGAGUUUCACGUGAAAUUCAUCCUAAAUUCAUGCAGUUUCUUAUUUGAUUGAGAACAUGUCAUUGGCAUAUCAAUUCGUUAACUAAACAGACAGACUUUGAGGUAAUAUAUUGCUUUCCAAACAUGGAAUGUUUUAAAUCAGUCUGUCUUUUUCGUCUGCAGUUUUGUCUAUAAAGUGCGUUACACAUUAAAA